CGAGUCCCCGGUGAGAACAGCUUCCGUUACCGAGUUCACAGCUCGAGUUACAGACCAGACAUGCUAGAUCUCCGCGAUACAGGAUAAUUAGCGGUUAUUAACUCUCGUUAUUAUUAACCGGUCGUUUUGUAUUUGGGACUUUUGGAACUUUGUCUAUAAAGGACAAUACACUUCUGGAAGAAACUCCGCAGAGUUUUGUCUCGAAACUGCUUCGCCUUUCAACAGUUUUCUGGAGGAACUAAACGGGAUCUAGGAAGUAGCUCGCUUGCAGUAAAAUAGAACCGAGAGAAACGUUUUUAACCGCAGACGAGACGUUUUGAAAGGAGUCGUGUCAUCAGAAUAGUUGAACAAGUCACCCACUUCCGGCUGGAUUAUAACGGCUGCUGUUUGAAAAGAUCCUCUGACUCACACUAACACACAUCCAUGCCCCCGGUGCUCGACCGGAACGGUCAUGUGACGGGUGUGGCGGGGUGGAGAAUGUUGUCCCGGUUUACCUGUGUCUGCGUGUUUGUGCAUGAGAUGUGGUUUGAGGCUCCGCUGGGAGAUUAACCCGUGAUCAUCUCACAGAGACGUUUCACAUUCAGCCCGUAACUAUUGAGUUCUGAUCAAAUUCUAUUGGGUUUUACAACACGAGGAGACGCACCGACUCAAUUUGGACGACCGGUAGUUUAUACGGUGCUGCUGAUUAACCAGUCGGUCUGGCUCGGUUUCUGUCGGCUUUGAGGAGAAAAGUCGCCGUUUUAUUUAUUUUAAACUUUAUUAGUGUUUUAUGGGACACGUCGCGGGAAGCUGCUGUACACGGAUACGAAUACAACAUGAGCUGAGACAGUUUAACUACUCCUUAAGGAAAGGUUUGGAUAAAUCUCCCGGUUCAACCGAAUACAACAUGAGCUGAGACAGUUUAACUACUCCUUAAGGAAAGGUUUGGAUAAAUCUCCCGGUUCAACCGAAUACAACAUGAGCUGAGACAGUUUAACUACUCCUUAAGGAAAGGUUUGGAUAAAUCUCCCGGUUCAACCGAAUACAACAUGAGCUGAGACAGUUUAAUUACUCAUUAAGGAAAGGUUUGGAUAAAUCUCCCGGUUCAACCGUGGAUUGUAUAUUUCAUGUUCUUCAGUAAACACUCGGUCUGUAAUAUCUAUAGGGUUAUAUUAUUGAUCCGUCGGUGAUUAUCAGUUCGGUAUUGAUACGGUGUAGCGCCAUGGCUCUGUCUCAGGUGCAGUGUCUCGAUGAGCAUCACGUCAACUGGCGUGUGACCGAGUCCAAACCCGAGUUCUUUUACAGCGAGGACCAGCGGCUCGCCUUAGAGGCUCUGCUGACCGGGGGGCGAGAGGCCUUUAGCACCUACCUCGGUGACCACGGCCUCCGAAACUUCCUGUCUGAACCGGAGCUCCUGCGGCUGGCGCGCACCGUGGAGGCCUACCGGCCUGGGAGCGAGCACCUCAAGGCCGAGGCGGGAGCGAGCAGCGCGUCCCCGAAGGAGUAUGACGGGGGAAAUGGGCCACUGUCAUUACAGUACUGGCCCGACCGCUCUGAAGAUUCUAUACCCGACCUGGACCUGGGCUGGCCCGACGCCGCGUCAUACCGAGGAGUGACACGCGUCAACGUGCACACGCAGCCCCCAGCUGAUGGACACACACACAUCAAGGAGGUGGUCCGGAAGGCUAUAGCACAGGCUCAGAAGGUGAUCGCCGUAGUGAUGGAUCAGUUUAGUGACGUUGACAUCUUUAAGGACCUGUUAGAUGCAGCCUAUAAGAGGAGAGUUCCUGUCUACAUCGUCAUCGACACGUCUGCCAUUUCCUGCUUCCUGGACAUGUGUUCUAGAGCCAACAUGCACCAGGGACACCUCAAGAACCUGCGUGUGCGAUGUAGUGAAGGAGUAGAGUUCUACACUCGCUCGGCUCAGAAGGUCCGAGGUUCUCUCAGUCAGAGAUACAUGCUGAUAGACGGAGACAGAGCUGUGACUGGAUCAUACAGCUUCACGUGGUCGGCGUCUCGUCUGGACCGGAACCUGAUCACGGUUCUGAGCGGUCAGGCAGUGGAGACGUUCGACAAACAGUUCCGUGACCUCUACAUGACCUCUAGGGGCGUGUCCCUCGCCAAGGUUCCGCUGGAGGAGGAGCCUAUCCCUGACUUCACCCCCAUCGCCACCCCCGCCCCUGUCUCCGCAGCCGUUGCUAGGAAACUAAUCAACCCGAAAUACGCCCUAGUUACGUCACAGGCUAAAGCUAACAAUGCUAGCCCAGCUAGCUCCGCUAACGACUCUAGCAACAAGAACUCCACUACCCAAAAUCCACUGGGACGGGUUCUAAAGCCUGCCAGAGAGCCAGUGGAGGCCCCGCCCCUCCACCCAGGACUAGCCAAUCUGGAGAAGGUGUACCUGAUCCCAUACCUGCCCACCUGGCCGGAGCCGGACCCUCCCCGCGACGUGAUUGGCUUCAUCAAUGUGAGAGACGCUUCCCGCCCCCAACAGGUCCACCUCCAGAGAAGUCAACAGUUUGAGACCAGCCAAGCCAUCAGGUUCACCUCUCCCUUCAGUAUGCCUGAGAAACCCCUACCUGAGACUGCUACUCUACGGAAUACACAGCACGACAAACACACGCCUGAUACACAGAACCCUGAUACGCCUGAUACACAGAGCCCUGAUACACAGAACCCUGAUACACAGAUCCCUGAUACACAGAUCCCUGAUACACAGAACCCUGAUACACAGAACCCUGAUACACAGAACCCUGAUACACAGAUCCCUGAUACACAGAUCCCUGAUACACAGAUCCCUGAUACGCCUGAUACACAGAGCCCUGAUACACAGAGCCCUGAUACACAGAACCCUGAUACACAGAUCCCUGACACGCCUGAUACACAGAACCCUGAUACACAGAUCCCUGACACGCCUGAUACACAGAACCCUGACACAAACCCCUCCGCCCCUCCAGUCCCUAAACCUCGCACCCUGCAGCUCCUCAUUAGCCCCGCCCAUUCUCACCAGUCUGGCCGACCACAGGUCAGCCUGGUCCCCAGGACUGAAAGCCAAUCAGGGACACCGCCUGCCUCCAUCAGCCAAUCAGAAACACUGAUGGAUACCAAGUCCCGCCAUGGACCGAGAGAUGAGGAGGAGGAGGAGGAGGAGGGGCUGGAGGAGGAGUGGCUAGAUGAGGAGGAGGAAGGGUUGGAGGAGGGGCUGGAGGGGUGGCGGGGCAGCAGUACUCAUGAUGAUAAUGGCAGCACCACGGCACUAUGUGACCAGACGGCCAAUGACACGUCGUGUGACGACUUAUACUACGAGUGCAACGAAUCAGACCCCACAGAAUCCUCGCCGGUGGCAAAUGGGGUAACAGCAGAGUUGGGCCGGGUUGACGAGGGUCAUCGUCAUGGAAAUGGGGUCCAUGUGAUGGCGAGGUUCUCCCAGAGCAUGCUGGACCUUCGGCCUCACAGCCAAUCAGACAACAGGGGAGUUCUAAUGAGCCAAUCACAGGACCGAAGAAGUCAACAGACACGGCCACAGCCACACAGACACAUCGGACAGUUGUUUCAGAGCUCCAGGUCGCCAGGUCGUGAUGGUCGCCAGAGAUGCAGGACUAAAGUCGUCAUUGCCAAACCAGGAAGUGUCCACCGCUCGCCACUAGCAUCGUGCCCUGUGAUUGGAGGACAUCGCUACUUGCAGGGCCAAUCACUGCAGCCCUCCGAUACUCGCUCCAGCCGGUCGCCACGACGACACAGCCCUGCCUACAAAGGGGCGGGACUUUCCCCUGGCCACGCCUCCCCACGUCGAGCAUCCAUUCCGGCAGGAGCUAUGGGCGUGUCCUUCUCCAAACUGACCAAUCAACUACUGAGGGGGCGGUAUAUAGCCUCACAGACGAAAGCGUCGCUUGACAACAAGGAGGUCGGCUAG